UAAAUAUAUAAGGAAUUCAUGCACCCACCGUGGUGGUAACUAUGUGAAGUGAGACCAUGCGCAGAUAUGCAGAUCAUGAACCCUAUUUCUCUCAAAAGCCGGUUUCAAAGCGCUUAAUGAAAAGAACCUUUAAGUCUUCACCACUCAAGCCGAAAUAUAUUUCAUGCUUCUUCAAUGCUUCUUUCUCUUUCUCUCAAUGCUCCAGCAAAGCCAAACUUCUUUGCUUCUGUGGGGGCUCGUUGCAAAUUGACAAAGAGGUUUGUUUCCUUUGUUCUAUUUCCCUUUCUAUUUCUCGCAACCACCAUCUUUAUUGUGCUUCAAUCGUGGAGCGAGGAAUCCAAAAGAGCUUUUGAAACUUUGCCCUUGCUAGUUGCUUCUAUUGCCACCAACGACGACAAUACACAUUGCCCACUCAGCUCGUUUGAACACAACUAUCUUGAAAACAGCUUCACUCCAGAGAUACCAAAAGCUGAUUUCACAGCGAGCGAUUUAGCAUCCAAGUUUCAACUGUUGGUGAACGAAACGACCAUCGGCGCAUACAACUCCUACAACAAUAUUAAUAUCAAUUUGCAUCUGAAGCUGGAAUAUGGCCAAUUUUCGUCCUCUGUGAUCAGACUAUUUAAUGCAAGGGAAGCCUCUGCUCCUGAUUUUGAUCCGAGAACUCUUCCUACUUUUUGGCUCUAUUUGAUCAAUCAGCAUUUGAUAUUAAACAACUUGAUAGCGAAUCCCAGCGCUUCUUUGUUGUCUCCAAACAACACUGAAAACAAGUAUGUAUUUGAAAUAUCAAACAACUUCAAACUCCCUUUCAACUGGAACGAUCUAUUGAAUUUUUACGACUCGCUCAAAGACAACUCCUUCUAUUAUUCCUUGAUUGUGUCAGGCUCAAACUGCAAAAGCCUUUUAUAUCAGGAUUUGGCGUUAUCCAACGAAUUCACAUUAAAAGAGUUUGGAAAAGUCUGCUCCAACUAUAAGAAUGUGUAUCCUCAAUCAUACACCAGCAGCCAGAUUCAGGACAAGCUACUACAGUCUGUAUAUCUCAACUCGCACAAAACAGAAACAGAUGAACUGCAAAAGAACAACAACCAAAACACAAUCUGCCAGCCAUUUGACAAUCCGUAUAAUUUGCCAUUCCACAAUCUGUACAAUUUGCCAUUUCGACUUGUUUCAAAAGUUGAUACCUAUUUAAACGAUUUGGAGAUUAGAAAAAUGUACGGGUUCAUAUAUGGCCUUACAGGAUUAGAAGCUCCUCAACGAAUCAUUUUUUUGAAUAUACUCAAUGAAAACAACACUGCACAUCACACCAAUGGUUCAAAUGGCACUUCAAAUCAAUAUCCAAUAUACGGCAAACGCUCCUUGGUCAUUCCAACUUAUUCUGUUUCUGAUGGAAUCAACAACAUCAGAAACAGAAGGGCAAGGCAAAACUUGUACACUGAUAUGUUGUCCACCUUUUUCAUCAAUAAUAAUCUUAAAAUCAGAUCCUAUUCCACCGAUUACUCGUCAAAAGAAGAUGCUCUCAAUGAAAUUAUCGAAAAUGGUAUUAAUUCUUAUAAUGAAAUUUCCAAGUUGAAUGCCUUUUAUCAACGUUCCGAGAUCAGCAAUGGCGCCAAAAACGUUUCAGCUUUUUCAAAGCCGGGUGCACUAGACGGUAAUCAAAAGCAAAUAGAUUUGCUGGAAGAUUGUGAAAAUUAUGAUUUUUCAUUUGUUCAGCCCUAUGUUUUGAAAAAUUCCAACACAGGCACAACAAAUCGUCAUCAGCCGUUACAUAUCGAUUUUUCUUUGUUUCAAUGGAACUUAUCAAAAGAACAUGAGCAUUUGCAAUCACAUUACUCAGCAUCUGCAAACGAAAAAGCGCAUACGAACAAUACAACUUGCGAGGAUCCCACUAUUCAAGAAGCCAUAUCUCAAAACACUGAACCGUUGUAUACUACACAUGACAUUGACUAUAAACAAGUCGAUCAUUUGAAAGCACUAAUGGAAGCAAGGUUGGGCAAGAUAUGGAUCCCGGAAAAUCGAUAUUUUGGUCUAGCUUCAACUAAAGACUACAACCUUGAUCAUUAUGAUUUUCGGUUUUUCAAAGACAUAACCAAAGACGACCAAGCCCAUCAUUUAGCUAUAUUGCAUCGCUUAAUGCGUGUAUGGUUUCGAUUGUGUCUUCAAUUCAACAUUCCCUCCUGGAUCAACCAUGGAUCCAUCAUUGGCUGGUAUUUCAAUGGACUAUCGUUGCCAUGGGAUGCUGAUAUUGAUGUUCAGGUUCCGAUUCAGUCACUAUACAAACUCAGCAAAACCAUUAACAAUACUCUCAUAUACGACUACACUGAUUUCGGAACAUUUGAAGUGUUUAGCCAGGAAAAAAAACUAGACUCAAAUGCAGAGUUUGGACUUCGGGGUUUUUACUUUGAUGUCAAUGAAAACUUUCUAUUACGAAAUCAAAUUGGAAACCCCAAUGUGAACAAUAUUGAUGCCAGAUUAAUAGAUAUCGAAAGUGGGGUUUACAUUGAUAUAACUGCACUAACCGAUUUUACAUCUCAAACGAAUAACGAAUUGAUUACCAAACUAUUGCUAAUAGACAGUUAUACCGAGAAUGAGCUAAACAAGCUAUCAAAAGCCAAGUUUUAUAACGAGUACUACGAGGGCAUUCGACUAGUAAAAGAACUACGGGAUUCUCUAUUUGCCAGAAAAAAGUCGAUAUUUAAUAAGACUUUGGAAAAACUUCAAAAUAUAAAGCUUUCCAUAUCCACGAUGAAAAAAAUAUUAGUUGAUGUGGAAUCAAGGCGAAUUUCAGAGUCCCAAUCUUUAGAGUCCCAAUCUUCAGAGUCCCAAUCUUCAGACAUCUUUGGAAAACACUCGGCAGAGACACAAGAGGAAAAAGAAUAUUCCAAUUCUUAUUUAGAUUAUGAUGAUGACAAAAUCCAAAACUUGGAAGUGUCGGAAAAAAAGCUAAAAUUGUUCAAAUUUGGAUCUGUUUUUCCACCUUCAGAAGACUUGAGAAAUUCUGAAGUUUACCAAAAAACCAACAGAUUGUUUGAAGACUUUUUUCACAACAUGGUCCAUUGUCGAAAUUAUCAUUAUUACAAAAUCGAGGAAUUGACGCCCUUGAUCCCAACAUACUAUGAAAACACAAUUACAUAUCUCCCUGCAAAUUUUCUUAAAAAUAUAGUGAUUGAAUAUGAUACAAAAUCAAUUAACAAACUCGAAUUCAACGAUUACAAGUUCUUCAAAUACUUGCAAUUGUGGAUAAGUUCAGGCGACUGUGACUUCAAAAUGAUGAAUGUUGAUGGACAAGUUGGAGGAAUGGGUGAUGAUGAGCAUUUGGGAGAAGAAGAUGACGAUCAAGAUAACACUUCUGGAGUUGAGAUCGAUGAGGAUUCUGUUGGCUUUGUCAAUCCUCCCAAAGAAGAAUACUCAUAUUUCCAAUACCGGAAAAGACAUAAAAACAAUGGGCAUUUUCAACCACUUGAAAAGAAGAGUAUCAUAGAAUUUGAAUAUAACAAUAUAGAUCUAUAUGAUGGAGGUGAUAAAACAAAAUUUGAAUCCAAAAUCAGUAAUUUUGAGAGAAAGUUGGGCAAAAACUGUUACAUCACAAAUGAGUUUGUUCAGGGAGAAUUUACCCAAUUUAAAGACUAUCUCUUGUUACACAGUUAUGAAAUUGAAAAGCUUUUUGGAAUUGCAAACAAUAGACUAAAUCUUGAAAAACCAAGUGAAACCAAAAUAUUUCCGACUCAUGGCAACGAGCACCAUCAUGGGGAUGGCCAUAGUGGAAUUAUCAAAUACGAAGAAAAGUACAUGCAAGAAACACUUGAAAGUUUCAAUGGGGAAGUUCUAAGGCCUGAACCAUGGAUAAUUAGAAACUACUUCAGUAAAGAAGAAGAUAGUAGUAUAAUUUAAAGGCAUUGUUCUAUAUAGAUUUUUGUUUUUGUUUUUGUUUUUGUUUUGCAUCUUACCUUGAUUCAAUUCAGUUUAUUUCAAUUCAAUGGAAUUUAUUUUUAUAUUCAUUAAUGAUCCAACUAUUUGAAUAUGCUGUCUUUUUCAAUUUUGAGGGUGGGAUAGAGAGAGGGAGAGAGGAGGGAGUAUCUGUUGAUUUUCAUUCAAAUUUAGUUCAUAGCUAUUGAAAACGUCAAAAAAGGUUU